AUGGCUUCUGUUCUUGCUGUCGGAGCCGGCGCUGCCGUCGCAGCUUUCUUGCGAGCAAAACCGCUGACGGGUAUGGAUUUCCUCCAGGGCCGGGCCGGUCUCGUCGCAUGGCGCCGAUCUCGCGGCGGCGUGGGCGCGAUGGGCAAGGCUUUUUACAAGGGCGGCUUCGAGCCCAAGAUGAACAAGCGCGAGGCCUGCCUCAUCCUCUCUCUCCAAGAGAGCGGUGUCAGCCGUGACAAGAUCCGCAAGGCGCACCGCACGUUGAUGCUCCUCAACCACCCCGACCGCGGCGGGAGCCCCUACCUCGCGACCAAGGUCAACGAGGCCAAGGAGUUGCUCGAGAAAAUGACGUCUUGA